CUGAGCUCUUACCUUCAAGCUAGCUGUGGUCAAAGGGAAGAAAGGAAGAAAGCGGGCAGACGGUUCGCUCUCAACUCAGUCUCACAUCGAAAGAGCAUAUAUUUUCUUCCAUUUCCAUAUCUCAUGUGCCAGAUGAGGAGUAUUUCCUUUUUGCACCUGGACUCAGGAGAACUCCCUGCUACAAGCAAGACGUGGAUGUGGGAGGGACAUACGAACAGAGAAAAGAAUGUAAUCUGACACAUCAUAUAAGGAAGACUAAUUGUAGAUGCGGGCGUGCAGGGGCUGGGUGGAAAUACGUGCGUCCCCACCCUUUUCGUCAGCGGUCACACAGCCUCGGACGCUAGGGCCUGUCUGGUUGAGAGAAGGAAUGUCGCUGGGGAAGGAAAGCACGGGGCGAGGUGAGAGAGGGCAGAACCUCGAACCAGGAAGAGGCCGUCCGCACUGGGCUCCGGAGAGGCGCAGAAGUAUGGCCCUCAGAUGCUAACAAAAACUAAUCCAGAUGGGGUGCAGGUGCUGUAAAAUGAUACAAAGCUAUCUCUUUGAUCCGGUCCAAGUGCCCUCCCCUGGCUACGUCAACGAAGUGAACAGCUGCAAGUCAGACGAAGAGGACACUGAUAAACUAAAAGGCAAACCCAGCAGCGAAUUCCUGGCGCAGAAAGAUGACCCUCCGCGGGAGAGCCUGACGAGAACCGCGAGCAGAGGCAGAGGGACUGGUCCGCAGGCGUCCAGCUGGCCGCAGCAAGGGCGGCUCCCGCAGGGGGACCCUGGAGAGGGACGCUGUACGGACGCUGCUCUCAAUGGCGUCGGCCCUGCCUCGGGUCCGCAGCCCGGCGGGAGUGCCAGGCCGCCCGAGGACGGCAGGGGCUCCCGGGCCGGCACUGCGGACGGCGUCCGCCCGACUCGCCCGGUCCCGCAGCAGGACGGGGCCGUGCGCAGCGGAGACCGCGGAGCUCCUUCCAGGGCGCAGAGUCUGGCCUCGGAAGCACGAGGCCGCGUCCUCCAGAUCCCAGCCCCGGAUUACCCUCUGCUUUGGGGUGCGGCUGCAGACAGUGCCGGUGGUGAGGAAAAGGGCCACCUUUUCAAGGACCACGCCGAGCACGAGCCCCUGCGGGGGACGCCCCCUGGGGCGGAGGAGCCUGGUCCGCACGUGCCCUUCUCGGUGAAGAGAAGCCGGGAUUCAUUAAACGAGGCCGUGGCUACGGAAGUUCCAAGCGUCUGCUUCGAGGAGGCUCCUGCUCACGCCGCGCCCGCGGGCGACCCGGGAGACCGGCCGGAGGAGGCCCACGGCUCCCCCAGAGGCGGGGACGGCGAGACCGCGGAUGAGGAUGCGGCGGUGGCGGAAGCCCUCGCGGCCCUGGAAGCUGCCACUGCAGGCGAAGACGAGGAUGAGGCGGAUUAGGGAGGGGAUUCGCGCAGGCAAGUGGGCCAGCGCCACGCGGGGCGCGCGGAGACGCAGAGCGGGGACCUGCGCCAGCUCGCGCCCGCGGCCUCGCCAGUGUUUACGUGGCACCUGUCCUGUCAGUGUCCGUGCCACACCGCUUGCUAAAUAUUUUGAGCGUCACUCUGGGUAGACGGGCUGUCAUUCGGGACGCUGGAAUAAAAAUCCGGACGAGCCACUGUGCCCACGUCCACGGCAAAUGCAGAAACUAAGCAACCUGCUUGCCAGCCCUCAGAGCUCCCCAGAACGCCCGGUACGGCUGUCCGCGAGAACGCCCUGAGAUCCCAGCGCUGCAUCCCACAGAGCGUUCUGCUCGACCGUAAAUUCUUUACCUGCUUUUGAGAGCCAAACACGGGACCCAGCCUGGAAAAGGUAACGACCCCACUUAAAGUGCCUAAUGUGUCCGCAGAGCAUAGCUUCACUUCAGGGACAGUCAUCCAGGGAACUAACAACUAACCACCUGUUCAACAGCGGUUAAGCUAGCAGCUUUCAGGGUGGAGUAGAAGCCACCAGGAAACAAAUGGUUAGUCAUUGCUGCGAUGUGAUUUUAAAACCCCUUGACCUUAACUUUUUUACAUUAUUACUUUUUAAUCUCUUUUGGGAUUGGGGAGGCUGGCCAAAAUAAUUCUUAAAACUGCUGUGUCAUACUUGGGUUUAAGUUCAUGAGUUUCGGAGCAGCAAAGCCAUAUAUGGAAUGUUUUUAUGCCAUUAAAUGUCUGAUUCUGAUUAAAA